AGCUGGCGACUGCUGCCAUUUUGAGGUGGAGAGUGAAGAGUUUCGGAACUGCGUGCUUGUUUUUCAGCGGCUUAAAAAGACCCUUAAAAAUAUUUUACCAUGGCUAUGCAAGCAGCGAAACGCGCAAAUAUACGGUUACCUCCUGAGGUGAACAGAAUCCUCUACAUCAGGAAUCUUCCUUACAAGAUCACAGCUGAGGAGAUGUACGAUAUCUUUGGGAAAUAUGGACCGAUACGGCAAAUCAGAACAGGGAACACACCUGAAAGCAGAGGAACAGCGUACGUGGUUUAUGAAGACAUCUUUGACGCCAAGAACGCCUGUGACCAUCUGUCAGGCUUCAACGUCUGCAACCGUUACCUGGUGGUCCUCUACUACAAUGCAAACAGGGCUUUCCAGAAGAUGGACACAAAGAAGAAAGAGGAACAGCUGAAGCUUCUAAAAGAGAAAUACGGCAUCAACACAGACCCUCCAAAGUAACCGUUCAGCACAUCCACCUUCACCGCCGCUUGUUUGUUUUUACCUUUACAAUCCUUACAAGCUACUUACUGUUUGCUGGUCAGGAUUUGCUGGUUUGCAGGUCGAAAAUAUUCUUCUUCUUUUAUAUUUGAUAAUUUUGUUAAUGUCCAUCUUGGAAACCUCUGAAUGUGGGAUAGACCAUCUGUAAGAAAGUGAUCUUCUAGACAGGGAGGAAUUGUCUUACAGACGGGAAAAGCAUGAAACACGACUCCAGGAAUCAGACGUUGAUCGGUCAUUGUGUUAAUCCUUGUAAGAUGUUAAAUCUGCUUGAGAAAAUAGUUUUUCCACUUUUUUUUUGUCAGUCCUUUUCAUACUUUUACAAACCUUUAAUUUAAAGCUAGCCAGAGUUGGUAUGAAAUCAAGUUUGAGUACUGACUAUGUAAAGUAUUCUGUCAAAUAAAUGUUCCUUUUCUAAAAUC